AUGGCUUUCUCGCUGACUUCGAAGCAAAUCGAGCUUCGCGGCUCGUGGCUCGUGGCCUCGGUGCGAAAACCUGAAGAUGACUCUUGGUCCUUCUCUAAACUCAACCUCAACGAACAUAUUGGUAACACUAAUGGCACCUUCGAUAUUACCGGGGACCGUUGGCACAAUUCCGCUCAGGAAUGGUCAGUCCACCUUCGCGGCCCAUACCUGUAUGCUCGACUACGAACUAUAUCUGGCGCAUAUGCCGAGGAGACAUGCAUCAAUCUAGAUCUAUUCGUCAGGAAUCGGGACGGCAUCCUCGAGUUCCAGAAGCUCGGCGAUUCACUUCUACUCUACACCGCGGGCUUGACGCUCGAUAACGCCAUUCUGCGGGGCCUGGUCGUCGGCAGGGAUGGCAAGUUCCACACGUCGGAGAUCGAUCUCGACGAGUACUACGGCAACAUCGGCGGCAAGUUCGAGGUCAAUGAGAGGCAUUACUCACGAUCUGGUCGUAACUUUAGCCUCGCCCGGGACUCGAACAGCCUCAGGCUCACUGGCGAACUCCAGGAUUACGAAGGUGUCCAUCACCCGGCCGAGGUAGACCUCAGCGCCUGCGUCGUGAACCGAAAAGGACGCCUAAGCUUUUCCAAGCCUGCCGACUCCAUCGAGAGGGAACAUUGGACGAGCGCUGUCGCUGAACAAGUCCCAGUCUUCGGACCCGCCGUCGCCGGUUUACAUCGUUCUCACGAUGAGAGCCGAACUGAGAACCAGUGCUAUUACGAAAUAGCAACUAACACGAAUUCGGCAUCUUUCACAAUUGGUAUUGCCAUCGGCGCUUUUAUCGGACGCGCCUCUGAAAGCCCAAUUAUUGGAACCGUCCUCGGGGCUGCGCUCAGCAACUCUACCGAUGUUUUCGUCGAGGAUCAGAUCGCCAACGCGAUCGAAGAUCCCCACGCUCGAAGCCAGAUCCAAGAGGCCAAGCUGGGAAGCUUUGUCUCCGAGGCUCUCCGUAACUUAAUUGCUACGGAGCAGACUACCGCCGCUGCUGAAUUCCUCAGCGCCUCUUUCAACCCCGAGAUCGACGUGUGGAAGAAGGGACUCACAGCUUGGCUCGAGAAGCAAAACUUGACACUCCUUGCUGACCUUUCCCUAUACGCCACCAUGAAGAAGGUCUUCAAGCAAUUACAAGGCGAAACUAUCGAGGAAUGGCAAAACACGCUCCUAGAGGUGGAGAGCCUGAAGCAGCGCGCCCAGACUCUAGAACUUAAGCCAGAAGACCCCCCCGUGGUCAUAGUGGAAGAACCCGAGGCAGUUGAGCCCGAAGCCAUCGAGGCUCCCGAGACAGCAACCGAGGCCGAAGCAUCAAAUGAAGCCGAGGCGGCCAAGGCCGACGGAGUUAGCGAGCUCGAUGCAUCCGACAAGGCCCCAGAAACCGACGGAGCCGAAGCACCAGCCGAAGCUGCUGAGCCCGCAACAACCGAAGGCACGACAACUGAAGCCGCGAAGGCCGCUCCCGUACCCGAGACCUCGAACACAGCAAGUAGUUCCACGCGCGCCAGCUCCGAUAAGUCGGUUCUCAAGGACGGUUCCAAGGACACGUCCAAGACCAACAUCCCCAGCUCUACCAACCCCAACGUGUCAACCAAGCGCUGGCACAGCGUCAUCGGCAUCCCAGUCUGGCGCAAGAGCUGGUCGCGGCCGCGACAGCAACGCGUCGUAUGA